GGAGGAAUGAAUUCAAAGAAAUGAGCCCUCUCAUUGCUGGAGCAACAGCCUGUUAAGAUGACCAUUAUGUGAAAGGAUUCUGAUGAAGCGGAAUGAUUGGAAUCACAGCAACACCACUGGAGAAUUCAUCAUGCUUGGCUUUUCUAAUCUGCCAGAGUAUGAGGUUCCUCUCUUCUGGGUAUUUCUGGCUAUGUAUCUGGUCACUCUUUCAGGGCACUUGACUAUUGUGGCUGUGACUUUGGCUGACCCCAUUCUCCACACCCCUAUGUAUUUUUUCCUGCGCAACCUCUCCUCCAUUGAGAUUUGUUACACAUUGGUCAUUGUGCCAAAGAUGUUGGCUAACUUCUUGGCUAAGAGCCAGAAUAUCUCAUUACCUGAAUGUGCAGUACAAAUGUAUUUGUUCAUUGCUUUGGGCACCUCAGAAUGUUUCUUGCUGACUGUGAUGGCCUAUGACAGAUAUGUGGCCAUCUGCAAUCCAUUACGCUAUACCCUUAUCAUGAGCCGGGCACUCUGUCUCCAGCUAGUGGUGGUGGUCUAUACCACUGGUUUCAUCCUCUCACUGGGAAUCACCGUACUGAUUUUCAGGUUGCCCUUCUGCAGUUCUCAUGAAAUCAACCACUUCUUCUGUGACAUCCCACCCGUCUUGUUCCUGGCUUGUAGCGACACCCACACUGAUGAAAUUUUGGUCUUUGUUGCAUGUUUGUUGGCUCUUCUGGUCCCCUUCCUGUUGAUUCUGAUUUCCUAUGUGUUCAUUACCAACUCCAUCCUGAGGAUCAAAGGCUCUGAAGGCAGAAAAAAGGCCUUCUCCACUUGUGCUGCUCAUCUGGUCGUGGCAGUUCUUCACUACGGUUGUGCCAUUUUCAUCUACAUUCGGCCAAAGGCCAGCUACUCCUUGGAUAAAGACAAGGUGGUCUCUCUGAUCUACACCAAUGUCACACCCAUGCUGUAUCCCAUGAUUUAUAGCCUCAGGAACAAGGAAGUCAAGGGAUCUUUGAGGAAGGUCAUGAGGAGAAAGGUCUCAUUUAAAAAAAAAGUGAACUUUUGACCAUGGGGCUGGAUGACUCGAGUGGUGAAAAAUGGUCAAAAGCUCAUUUAAAAAAGAGAGAGAGAGAGAGAGAGAGAGAGAGAGAGAGAGAGAGA